AGCGCGCGCCUUGCAGGCCCCGGCGCCGUGCCUCAUGGCUCCCGAGACUCCUCGCUACUUCACCUGGGACGAAGUGGCCCAGCGCUCCGGCCGCGAGAAGGAGCGGUGGCUCGUGAUCGACCGGAAGGUGUACAACAUCAGCGACUUCGUCCGCCGGCACCCGGGGGGCUCCCGGGUUAUCAGCCACUAUGCCGGGCAGGAUGCCACGGAUCCCUUUGUGGCAUUCCACAUCGACAAGGGCCUCGUGAGGAAGUACAUGAACUCUCUCCUCAUUGGAGAACUCUCUCCGGAGCAGCCCAGCUUUGAGCCCACUAAGAAUACGGAGCUGACGAAUGAGUUCCGGGAGCUGCGGGCCACCGUGGAGCGGAUGGGACUCAUGAAGACCAACCACGUCUUCUUCCUGCUGUACCUGCUGCACAUCCUGCUGCUGGACGUAGCCGCCUGGCUCACUCUCUGGGUCUUCGGGACAUCCUUGGUACCCUUCCUCCUCUGCGCAGUGCUGCUCAGCACGGUUCAGGCCCAGGCUGGUUGGCUGCAGCAUGACUUCGGGCACCUGUCUGUCUGCAGCACUUCCACAUGGAACCACCUGCUGCAUCAUUUUGUGAUUGGCCACCUAAAGGGGGCCCCUGCCAGCUGGUGGAACCACAUGCACUUUCAGCACCAUGCCAAACCCAACUGCUUUCGCAAAGACCCAGACAUCAACAUGCAUCCCUUCUUCUUCGCCCUGGGGAAGAUCCUCUCUGUGGAGCUUGGGAAACAGAAGAAAAAGUACAUGCCGUACAACCAUCAGCACAAAUACUUCUUCCUGAUUGGGCCCCCAGCCUUGCUGCCUCUCUACUUCCAGUGGUAUAUUUUCUAUUUUGUUUUCCAGCGGAAGAAGUGGGUGGACUUGGCCUGGAUGAUCACCUUCUAUGUCCGCAUCUCGCUCAGCUACGUGCCCCUGCUGGGGCUGAAGGGCUUUCUGGGCCUCUUCCUCAUUGUCAGGUUCCUGGAGAGCAACUGGUUUGUGUGGGUGACACAGAUGAACCACAUCCCCAUGCACAUCGACUAUGACCAGAACAAGGACUGGGUCUCCACCCAGCUCCAGGCAACAUGCAACGUCCACAAAUCUGCCUUCAACGACUGGUUCAGUGGGCACCUCAACUUCCAGAUCGAGCACCAUCUCUUCCCCACCAUGCCCCGGCACAACUACCACAAGGUGGCGCCCCUGGUGCAGUCCUUGUGUGCCAAGCAUGGCAUCAAGUACCAGUCCAAGCCCCUGCUCUCAGCCUUUGCCGACAUUGUCCACUCUCUGAAGGAGUCGGGGCAGCUCUGGCUGGACGCCUAUCUUCACCAGUAACACCAGCUCCACCCCAAGGAAGAGGACUCUGAAGCCAAAGCUGGGGGGCUUGAGGGACAGUGCCACUAAGUUCUCAUAUUUGGGGGGGCAGGGUGGCUGAGGACAG